UAGGCGGUUUUCGUAGUCCCGUAUAUAAACGUUUCCUCACCUUCCUUCCUCUUCUCCAAGCGAUCUUCGAUUGUGGUUGGUUAUUUUUUGUUGGUUGAACACGAAUCAGUCUUCGACCCCAAGAAAUCUUCGUUUCCAUUCUCUUCAUCUGUUUCUUACACUACGCACAGUACGACCUAAAAGAGGAGGUGCGGUAUCACACUCUUCGGUUCAAGCUUAAAGAGGUACGAGAGAGAGAGAGAGAGAGGAAGCUAUUCGUACUACUUCUGUCCAUGUGUUUGAACUGGCAUCUUUAGACUUGAGGAUGAUUUGUAUUCGUAUUCUCUAUUUUUCGGCACCACUUUCUAGGAUGGAGAAUCCGAUUCGGCAAUUUGGAUGUCCUGCUGGCGAAUCCCAAUCUUGAAUCUGCAAUUAAGGAGCUCGAAUUUGCUUUUGGUUGCUGUUGCUAUAGGCUCUUUCUCUUUACUCGAGAGUGUGUCUUGGAGAACCCUUAACUUCAAUUACGUGCCUCCAGUUUUUCAUUAACAUUCAGCUAUUAUGGAGAAUCACAAGCAGAAAUGUCAGUUACAAGUUUUUUCCGUAGGAAUGGCUCACGAUCAUAGUUGUAGUGGCUUAGUUUCUAACAAUUCGAGAACAGAUGGAUCAAGUGUACAUACAGAGUAUAUUGAUUUUGGAGAUUCAGUGUCAGAGACUGCCCAUGAUCGGGAAAUAUCAGUUUCCGACUCCGAGAGUGGUACUUGCGGUGUCAUCACUCGGGAGUUUCGGCUCUUCAGUGGAAAUGAGUUGAUCAGAUUGGAAGAAGGAGAUAAAGAGCACAGCGUCAUCAAGCAGAGAUUCCUUAUGGGUAUGGGAUCCGUUCGUAGUCUUACAACAAUUACGAGUAUACACAAGAACAUUUAUUCAAGUUUCCAAGGGCUAGCUCGAUUGCAAUCCUUCAGGAUUUUCUCGCAGGCAAUGUCACAAAAGUGCCACGGGAAUCCAAAUAUUAAAUUUGCUUGGUAUGGCACUUCUAGGGAUGGGGUGGAUAGGAUCAUCUCCCAUGGUUUUGGUCAGUCUGGAAGGCCUGAGAACAAUGGAUUGUACGGAAGUGGGCUCUAUCUAUCUCCUGAGAAUUUUUCCUUAGACAGUGCGUUAUCAUCAACUCUCAAUAAGAAUGGUCUACGACAUGUCUUGCUUUGUCGAGUGAUCCUGGGAAAUAUGGAAGAGGUCCGUUCUGGUUCAGAACAGUUUCAUCCAAGCUCCGAGGAGUUUGAUUCUGGGGUUGAUAAUCUGUUAGCUCCUAGAAAAUAUAUUAUUUGGAGUACACAUAUGAAUACUCACAUCUUGCCAGAAUACGUUAUAAGUUUCAGUGCUCCUCCUUGCUUGGAAGGGUUUCAUAGGGUACAACAGCCAGUGGUAAAACCCACCUCAGCUUGGAUGCCGUUUCCUACUUUAAUCUCUGUGCUUGCGAGGUUUUUACCUCCUACUACCAUUCGUGUCAUACAGAAAUAUCACUAUAGUUACAGAGAAAAGAAAAUUACCAGGGAACAACUUGUACAGAAAGUGAGGCAGAUCGUGGGCGAUGAACUGCUUGUUAAAAUAAUCAAAUCUUGCAGGGGGAAGCAACUUAAAGCUUCUUCGCCGAGAAGUGGCUCCAAGUAGUACAGAAGAAACAAGCGGGCUGAGUGAGUAUCCAGGAAAGAAUUGCAUCAAUCAAGAAUGAAGAGAACUUGUUCGAUGAGGCAACCGACGGUGGUGCACCAAAAAACAAAACCAUAAAGGUGGAGAUAACAAAUUCAGCGGAUUCCUGAAUAAACCAGUCAUUUGUUUGGGUUGGGGAUGUGUAUUCGUGUCCCGUACCUUGCAUGUAACUUUUUUGUUUUUUCCUUCUGUAAAAAAAAGAGAAAAAAGAAAGCUAGUUCAGUCUCUGAAGAAUAAGAAAGAGGGUAUUUGGUUAACAGUAA